AUGGCCAGCACUUUCGAAAUGCUAAUAUCAACAUCCCCGGCUCCAAGCUUCAUCUACCUCCAUCAUCCUCAUCAUUCCUCCACUUCUUUGCCUCUUCCUUCGUUCUCCACUUCCUCUUCUUCAAGUACGAGUUCCAGCACGAAUACUAUCAUCAAGAUAGAUACGGUGGAGUUCAAUACUCCCAGACUUUUCUUUUCUGGUAUAUUGAAUAAGCUAGAUCCCGCCGGGGAGGGACAAGGGGAAAUACAGACCUUUGAUGGAUUUACACAGAGAUUGAAAUCGAGGAAUGAUAAUCCGACUUCUGCGAGUACGAGUAAAGGGAAGGGUAAAGGGAAGGCCAAAGCUAGUGCUGGUACAAAGGUGAAUGGUACGAAUGGUCAUCUGGAAGAACAAGAUGAAGACAGUAAGACUAUUGUACUUGUGAUCACUAGAGCCGAGAGAUUGAGAUUGGUAUUUGGGAAUGGAUGGAGUCUGAUGACUCGUUUAGCUGAACUUACUGGAGUACCUCUGUCUGUUGUAUUCUGCUCGAGCUCACCGUGGGAUCAUACUCGUCCUAUAAGAGGUGAUGCACCUGAACCUGUACAUGUAUAUCUACCAGCACCGACCAGGGAGGAAAUCCUCUCUACACUCAUAUCAUCCUCCUCCCACCCCUUAUGGCCCCGAUUCCUCGACCUCCUCCUAUCCACCAUCCUCUCUCUAUGUUCCCCUUCGAUCGAAGAGAUUCAAUACCUCUCUCAGUCCCUUUGGCCAAUAUACACCUCUACGCUCCCACCACAUUAUUCAAUGAUCCAUAUCGGUCUACCAUACCCUGACCCUGCCAAUCCUCCAGCUGAAUUGGAAAUCACUAUAAAGCUAUUAACCGACCUCAAACAUCAAUUAUCUCUAUCUCUCACAUCGGCUAUUGAGAAUUUGCUGCCUAGACAGAUAGGUUCACACGAAUUUACACAGGCUCUUUUGCCGAAAAUGCAAAAUGGGAUACCGCUCACCAGGACUUUACCUAAACCCCCCGCGAUGGAUUUGAGUACGGUAGAGAAGUUUUUGUUAGUUGCUGGAUAUACCGGGAGUUAUAAUCCGCCUAAAUCGGAUAUCAGAUUAUUUGGUCGGACGGCGGGUGUAGAGGGGAAGAGGAAGAAGGGCGGUGGGAUGAGGAGAGCGGGAUAUGGGAGAGUGAGGGUCGGUAAGGUCCCCCAACGACUCCUUGGACCCAAACCGUUCCCCCUCGAUCGACUGCUCGCAUUGUUCUCAUCCCUUUAUGCGGAACAUGCCGAAAGACCAGAAGACCUGCAAGCUUCCUUCGGCGGUGAAUUUUCGUCGUCAGGGGAAGAGGGGGAUGAUUGGUUACCUAGUGUAGCUGAGCAAAGCGCCAAAGUUGAGAGAAAGAGGAAAAGGGAUAAUGAGAGGGAGAAAAGAUGGGAUGAAAGUGUCGAAGAGUUAAGUAUGAGUGUAAAACUUUGGGGAUUGAUACCUCAACUUGAAUCUCAAGGAUUACUCAAACGUAUUUCUCCAAUUGAUAGAUUGGAUAAUAUCAUGAUUCGUUGUGAGAUCAACUAUGAUACUGCGAAGUAUUUGGCAAAGGACUUGAAAUUCAAUUUGGAUGAAUAUCUAUAUGAAGCUGUAAUGUGA